AUGGAGAAUGUGUUGGAUGACAAAAAGCGACACACUGGCUCGCUACCUGGGUUCGCCAAUAUCCAAAAUGUACCAAUAUCGCCAUUGAUCAAGCACUCUGGCCUCAUCUUCGCAAUCCUUCUCAUCGUCUUUUUCAUAUGCCGACAGUACAUCCUCGAAUACACGCUGGACAGAGGGUUCAUUUACAAACGCGUAUGGCCGACACUCAACGCACGCCAGAAGCGCGGCUUCGUAAACCACCAUCUAUCCAUUGCGGCCAAGAUCUUCGUUGUAAUCAUUGCUAUCUACCCUCUUUUCGCCGUUGCCGUUGGCAAGAGCGACUUUCGCACACCCCUUUUUGGUUCUGAGAUGGGAAUUAAGCGACAUCACGGUGUCCCCACUGUGGGCGAUGUGCUGUAUUUCGCAGUCAUGAUUGUUUCAACCAUGUACGCGCAUGAACUGAUGUACCGGGAGGGUAUUAGUUAUGUCGCUGUUUUACACCAUGUUGGUGUGAUAGUCAUGGGCCAGUUGACGCUGUUCUGGAGCGGGAGGACCGACCGUGAACCAGAUGCAGCUUUGGAGGCUGUCUUGGCUUUGUUCUGGGGUUUCUUUGACCUGAGUGUCGAGGUACCUCCUCACGUCACCAUGAUCAUCUACCGCGACCCCGAUGUUACAUCUGAGAAACUGAUGCGCGCCUUUUCCAUCGCUUUCUGGUGCUCAUCUAUUGGGACUUUGGCCGAGACGGGAACUAUAUUCGGAUUGUAUGGUGCUCUGUUCCACAAGUGGACACUCACUAUGAAAGUCUUGAUUCCGAUUCUGCAUUGCAUCUUUACGGCUGCGCAGGUCUGGGGAGAGUACUGCACAUGGUGCUUGUGGCAGCAGGAGAAGAGGAAGCUAGCGAGUGGAGAGAGGAAAGGAAAAGAUGAUUUAUCAACCGGUGAUGUAGAACACCAGUAG